CUAGAUUCAUAUGGCUGUGCGAGGGGGUCUUUACAUUCUCGCCGGCGAAUUGGAUGACAUGAUCCAAGUCAUGAAAAACGGUGGCUUUGGAGGGCAGCGAAAUUCCAGGGAGUCUGCUGGAUGGACACUCGACUCCGCAGAUCUGCAUCCUCUGCUUCUCAAGUUUUACGAGCUCAAAGAAACCCUUUCAAACAUAACUGAUUUAUGCGAAAUUGAACUCUGCGUAUUUUUACAGCCAUUUUUAGAUGUGAUCCGAUCACCGGAUACCACAGGACCAACUACUGGCGCGGCACUUUUCAGUGUGAACAAGUUUAUCUGUUGUAAUAUGAUUGAUUCAUCAAGCACAGAUAUAUCAGGAGCUGUCGCUUCAAUAGCUGAUACAGUAACGCAUGCAAGGUUUGUGGGCACUGAUCCGAGUAGGGACGAAGUUGUUCUGAUGCAAAUUCUGCAAGUGCUGAGGACUCUGAUGUUGGCGCCAUGUGGUUCUUACUUGACUAAUGAAAGUGUGGUUGAAAUUCUUCAAAGCUGCUUCCGAAUCUGCUUCGAGACUAGACUAAGUGAGCUUCUGAGAAAAACUUCCGAGCAUACUUUAGCCGACAUGAUCAAGAUUCUUUUUUCGAGGCUGCCUAGUUUUAAAGAAGAUUCGCGCAGUAGUAUCAGAUUAAGGAUGAGGUCAUCGAGACUAAAAAACAAGUCCAGUUUGAAGAAGUUAGCAAAUAAUGAUGGAGGCGAAAAUAGUUCUAUGGGACAAGCAAAGAAAUCUAAUCUGAAGCGAAGGGAGUCCGCAUCAGCUGAAGACAUAUCAACGCGUGCAAAUAACACCUGCGAAAAUUUAGAACGAAAGACGCAAGGUGAAACUGCUGGCGAUAAAGAAAAGGUGUCGAGUUAUGACUCAACAGCGAGUAGGGAGUUGAGAGAUGAUGGUGGUAGUGCUGGCGUUGGGGAGAUGUGUACAAAUGAAGGAGACCGAACAAAACUUCUGAGCACCAGCAGUCCCGUUUUAUCUAAUCUAAAAAAGAGCAUGAGUGAGCCAGAUUUAGCCGAUGAGCAGAACCUUUCCACUCUCGAGGAGUGCUGUGAGGAUGACAGAGGGGCUGAGAAUGAGAGUGAGAAAAGGGUAAGAGAGGAGUUUGCAAUGGUGGACAUCAACGAGGAAGAGUCCAUCGGAGACCAGAGUGACUCGGCGUCCAAUGUCACCAAUGGAGGAGUAGGUGGACAGCAGGACUUGUCUGACUACGUGAACCCUCGGGGCAUUCGAUUCACUCAAGAAGUGCACCACUAUGAGGACGAUGUUGUCCUGAUACCCCAUGGUUUGCCAUGUGUCAGGGAACUGUUCCGCUUUCUUAUCACUUUGAUCAACCCAUACGAUAAUCACAAUAAUGAGUAUAUGAUUCAAAUUAGUCUUUCGCUACUGACAGUAGCGUUAGAAGUGGCUUCCGACAGCAUCGCCAAUUUCUCAUCCCUCCUCAAACUCGCAAGAGAGGAACUAUGCAAACAUCUGUUCUCGCUUCUGUACCACAGGCGGUUUUUCCUGGUUCUUCCUUCGCUGCGAUUGAGUUUCCUAGUGUUCGAAUCUAUCCGAACAUUUGUCAAACUGCAGAUGGAGUGCUACUUGAUCCGAAUCAUGGAGCUCAUGAAUUCGGAUUUGGUAGCUCUAGACAUCAAAGAGAAGGCCAUCGAUUUCCUAGUCAAACUAUUCAAGGUGCCAGGCUUCGCGGCUGAAUUGUACAUUAACUUCGAUUGCGACGUUUAUUGCAGCAAUUUGUUCGAAGACAUCACGAAGUUGCUGUCGAAGAAUGCAUUCCCGGUUUCAGGUCUUCAGAACUAUCACAUUUUAUCGCUGGAUGCUCUUUUGGCUUUGAUUGAUACAGUUUCUGCUCACUGCAACCACGCCAGUCAGAGUGGCAGUAAUUAUGACUCCCCAACACACAGUAAGAUAGACAUAGUCAAGGUGAAAGAACGCAAGCGGCACUUGGAAACGGGAACUGACAUGUUCAACCAGAAGCCAAAAGAUGGCAUUGAGUAUUUACAGAAUCACGGAUUUCUUGAGAAGCCGCUGGACUUCAAAGAGGUCGCUAAUCAUUUGCGGGAGAAUUGGAGACUGGACAAGAAAAUGAUUGGCGAGUACAUUUCAGACAAGAGAGUCGGACAGUUGUUGACUGAGUACAUAUCCACGUUCAACUUCGCCCAAGUCAGACUAGACGAAGCUCUCAGGAGUUUCCUAGAAAGUUUUCGACUCCCUGGGGAGGCGCCGGUUAUUUCAUACAUUUUGGAAGCAUUCUCCCACAAUUGGCACGAGAGUAACGACCGGCCAUUUGCCAGUGACGACGCAGUGUACAUUUUAGCUUACGCAAUUGUAAUGUUAAAUACAGACCAACACAACCCACAGGCCAAAAAACAGAACAUUCCGAUGUCGUUGAAUGAUUUCAAAAGCCAAGUGAGAGGGGUCAACGGGGGCAGUGACUUCGAGCCCGAAAUGAUCGAAGAGAUCUACUUGGCAAUUAAAUCGAAGGAGAUAGUAUUGCCGACCGAACAAAGUGGACCACUGAAGGAGAAUUACGUGUGGAAGCAACUGGACAUAAGGGCCACCACUGGAUCAGUCAUGCCAUACAUCCCAGCUCACGACGGAGCCUAUAACCUGGACAUUUUCACUCUGGUCUGGGGAUCGACUGUGGCUGCUCUUUCUUUCGUGUUCGACAAAAGCAUGGAAGAGAAGACUAUUCUGAAAAGCAUCAGUGGCUUUCGCAAGUGUGCACAGAUUGCUGCCUUUUAUGGCUGCGGAGAUGUGUUCGAUAAUUUGGUUAUAUCUUUGUGUAAGUUCACUACACUCGUCAAUAUCAACGCCGAAGGACCCGAAAUGGUUCCGUAUUAUUUUGGCUUCAACGCCAAGGCCCAAUUAGCUGCCAAAACUAUGUUUCAACUGGCGCACAACCAGGGCGACACCCUGCGGGAAGGCUGGAAAAACAUUGUGGACUGUCUGCAGAAUCUCUUCAAGUGUAAGCUGGUUCCCAAUUCCAUGGUAGAAGUGGAAGAUUUUGUGGACCCAAGUGGGAAGAUAUCCCUCACUAGGGACGAGUCGACUCGAAUGGUGAAGAACGAUAGCUCUGGACUUCUGAGUUCUUUCUACUCCUACUUCACGGGAUCCGACGUCCAGGCAACCAGAGGAGUCUCAGCUGAGGACCAGGAGGCACUGCAACAAGCCAAAAACUGUAUUGUGGAGUGCAAACCAGACCAACUCAUAUCAGAGUCCAAAUUUCUACAAGAACAGUCCUUGCUGGAGUUGGUGAAGGCGCUGCGAUUCGCAUCCCAGGGACCCGAAGCUAGGCUCGGCGAAGGCGUGUUUGACCAAGACUUAGCUGUAUUCAACCUGGAAUUGUUGAUUCAGGUAGCAAUCCAGAACCGAGAUCGCAUUACGCUAAUUUGGUCACAGAUUAAUCGACAUCUCUGCGAUUUGAUUACUGAAGCCAAAAUUUGCUCGUUUUUAGUGCAGCGUGCAGUUGUCGGGCUUCUACGCCUGUGUAUUAGACUAUUGCAUAAUGAAAUCGUCGCCAGUGAUGUAAUUCAAGCACUGAAAGUACUUUUAUUUGUGGAACAUAAAGUUAUGAAAAUUGCGUGCCGCGAAGUUGCAUUCGGUCUGUAUGAGUUGAUAAAAACAAAUGCUGCCAAUAUACAUCUUUCAAACGACUGGAAUGUGGUUCUAGCAUUAUUGCAAUCCGCUGGAACAGGACUGAAGUUUGUCAAGUUCAAGUCCAUAUCUGAAAUCGAUUCGACGCUGGGUGCAACUAAACCACAAACUGCUGGAAGCAAAACCAGGGAAAUAGUAGAUAUUCCUUGCUUAGGCCAGUAUGUGAUCAAAGACAAGGAGAAACAGGGCAUAAACGAUGUAAGAGCCUUCAUGAAAUGUUGGCAAGGCUUAGUUCUAAUAGUACAAGAUACCGCCCAUGUCACACCGUAUAACCUGGAGCCAUGUGCGACAACUCUGAAGAUAUUUGCAGAAGCCGCGAGUUACAGAAAAACAAAGAAGAGCAAAAUAGAGAGUAGCGGUAAACCUCAAAAAAGAGUAAGCUCAUCCAAAUCGAAGAAUGUUUCGGCAGGUGGUAAUAAUAAAACUCCGUCGCCGUCCGAGUCGCUGAACAUGAGUGUAAUGUCAGACGAGGAGGAAGAAAGUGUGAUGGUAACUCAAAUCGAAGUUAUUUCGCAACUUCUCAUUCGAAUCGAGGAACUUCACAACCGGGCGCCCAAGAUGCUCAAGUCCUGGGCUGCCGAGGACGUCGUUACGUCUUCAGCAGACUCUGCGGGCGUAGUCAAUAGCCAGCAGAAGAGCUCUUCAUCGUCCAUUGCAGGGUUCAGCCUGUGGGACCAGUGCUGGUUGCCGCUUCUGUUGGCAAUUGGACGUCUAUGUUGUGACAGUCGUCGCGAGGUUCGAAUGGACGCUCUAGGACGGCUGCAAAGAUGUCUACUUACACACGAGAUGCUUUGUUUGACGUCGAAAGAAUGGGAGAGCUGCUUCAAUGUUGUGUUUUUACCCAUAUUACACCAGCUCCUCGAGAGUUCCGUUAACCCGAAUGACCCCUCAGGCAUGGAAGAAACCCGUAUGAGGGCUGCAAAUACAUUGAGCAAAGUUUUUCUGCAGAGACUAAACACUUUAUUAAGUUUACCGAACUUUCUCGACCUCUGGGUAGAUAUUCUGAUGUGUAUGAAGAAGUACAUGCAUGCCGAUAAUUCAGAAUUGUUGGCCGAGGCGAUCCCAGAGUCGCUGAAAAACAUUCUUUUGGUCAUGCAAACUGCCAGACUGUUCGACGUCAGAAGUCAGUUCACUAUUGUCACAUGGAAAACACUUGACGAAUUUCUUCCUAAAUUGCAAUCUGAAAUUUUAUCUACUACCUCUAAUGUCGGAGUUGUGCCACCAAUGGAAGCUCAAUCACAAAAAGUAUCUUCUCCUCCCUCUUCCCGUCUGUCAGCGGUUGAACAGAGUGACGCUAUAGAAGUAAUUGAUGGAUCAAAAGCAGAACAAGCAGUCGUCAAUGAAACAGUCCCGGAGUCCACAAAAUGCGGAGACGGUACUUCUACAAUCACAGAAACCAGCAGCACAACAGGCUUAAGACACCUCGACUCGCCGGAACUUUCUGUGCCAGAGAAGGAGGCUUCAGUCACAAGUAGGCAGACAGUGGGAUCUGAGGUAGAGGAGAGUUCGGACGCGGAGUUCCCGAGUAUAAUAAUCCAGCCACCGCUUCCGGAGACAUCCAUCAGCAUGAACACGAAAAGUCUGGAACCGCAAUUGAGUCAUUCAUAUCGAGACAAUGACGAUGAAACGGGGCAUUCAGUUACAGCUGUAGCGCCUGUGGUGAUAACAACUCAAUGUGGGGAUUUCGUAGAAACAGAGACGAAAAGAGGUCAGGAGUUGACUGCGGAAUAGAUAGAGAUGUAUAAUUUCUAUGUGGGACAGGUUUGGAUGUUAGAACUGGAUUAUGACUGCGUAACUAAUGCAAUUACAAUUUCGUCAAUUCGCACCACUCAAGUUCCGUCCGCGUCGUCGCCGCUCUUAAUGUGUAAUAUUUUUAUGCUCACAUAAAAAAGACUUUGUCGAAUGCUUCUAAAUGAGUUAGAGCCUGCUCAGUUGAAUUGUCCAAAGUAAAGAAAAAGUUGAGACGGUAGCUUUGGCUAACAAAAAUGUGUAUUAUAGGGCUGUAAAAUUUUCUAAUUGAACUUUCUGUGGGGUUAGUUUUAUUUUAUUGUAUCAGAUUUACAUAUUGAAUUUAUC